CCGGCGGGGAGGUGAGUUUGUUGCUGGGGAGCGGCUCCGGAUCGCCGGCGGGCAGGCGGCUGAAGAUCUGAACCUUGCAUUCAAAACAUCAAGUGUGCCUUUUCUCUUCAAAGCGUUGCUGUUACUAAGUUUGGGUCAUGAUUCAAACGUUUCUGAUCCUAUCGCUAGUUGCUGGCUUGACUUCAUCUUUAACUUGCCCAGAUGGGCACACUUGCUCAGAUGAUAACACCUGCUGUAAAGGGCAGAGUGGAAAAUAUUCCUGCUGUCCUCUCCCCAAGGCAGUUUGCUGUUCUGAUAUGUUGCACUGCUGUCCUGAAAAUACCACUUGUGAUACAGCCCAUUCACGUUGCAUUGGUUUGACUACCGUACCCUGGGUGGAGAAAAUCCCAGCGAUCCAAACCGGGACUACCCUGUGGGAAGAAGCAAAAUCCAUCCCCUUGGUGCAAGCAGGAACAGCGAAUGCAGUGACUGAAAAUGUGUGUCUGGAUAACACUGAAUGCCCGCCUGAGUACACUUGUAUGCCGACUUCUAAAGGAGUCUAUGGUUGCUGCCCACUUACUGCUGCAACUAUUUGCAAGGAUUGGGAGCAUUGCUGUCCAAAGGGAUACGAGUGUGACCUAGUCAAGGAUAAAUGCAAAAAGACUGGAGUUGAAGAAGAGUUGCCAUUGGUUUCUGGAGUAGGAAACUUGCGUACAGCUGAAAGUGAGCUUUGUGGGAACAUGUCCUGCUCUGAGGGAUAUACCUGUUGUACCUCUAAGGAGUUUGGCUGGGGAUGUGUCCCAGCUGUAUGCUGUGGUAAUCACUGCUGUCCAAAAGGUUUCCAAUGUGAUAAGGCACGAAAAACCUGCCUCAAACCCAUUGAUGAAAAUGUAAAGGCAAUUAUCUGUCCUGAUAAAACAUCCGAGUGUCCAAGUGGCUCCACGUGUUGCUUACUUGCGGAUGAAAGAUGGGGAUGCUGCCCUUUGGAAAAGGCUGUAUGUUGUGAGGACCACCUGCAUUGCUGUCCUUCAAAUACCAGAUGUGACCUGAAGCAGUCCAGGUGUUUGUCUGAGUAUGGAGUGAUGGCAAUGUGGAAAAAAUUUCCAGCCCACAGACGAUUUGCCGUGAAGAACACUGAAGUUCAUAAAGUGCAGUGCAACGAGACUGCAUUCUGCCCUGGUAAUUACACCUGCUGCAAGCUUGCCUCGGGAGAGUUUGGAUGUUGUCCUCUUGCAAAUGCAGUUUGCUGUAGUGAUCAUGUACACUGUUGUCCAGAAGGCUACUCUUGUACUGAUACUGGAAGUUGUUACAAGAAGGACGUUUCUAUCCCUUGGACGACCAAAACCGUUGUGGAAGACACUGUGACUGAUGUCAAGUGUGAUGAUACUGUGAGCUGUCCUAAUGAUCAUACCUGCUGCAAGAAUCCUAUGGGGCAAUGGGGAUGCUGCCCUAUGCCAAUGGGAGUUUGCUGUGACGAUAACGUUCAUUGCUGCCCCAAUGGUUACACAUGUGAUGUUCAAGCACAGCUCUGUCACAAAGGCAGUAUUUCUAUUCCUCUAUUAACAAAGAUGCCAAGUAUUGUGAAAGGUGAAGCUUUAGAUGUCCAGUGUGAUGAAACUGUAAAGUGUCAAUCAGGCUCCACUUGCUGCAAGAUAGCCUCGGGAUCAUGGGCCUGCUGUCCCCUUCAACAGGCGGUAUGCUGCAAGGAUCAUGAGCACUGCUGUCCAAAUGGCUAUACCUGUAAUUUGACAGCCAAGACCUGUGAAAAGCAAAGCGUCUCUGUACUCUGGAGUGCCAAACAGUCGCCACCCUCCAACGUAAAAUGUGAUGACAUGGUCCAGUGUGCAUCUUCAGCCACUUGCUGUCAGGUUGCCUCUGGCAGAUGGGCUUGCUGUCCAUACAAAGAAGCUACUUGCUGUGAAGAUAAGAAACACUGCUGCCCAAAUGGUUACACGUGCAAUAAGGGGGCUAAAGCGUGCACUCUGAAGCCUCUGUUCCGCUGGGACCAAUUUUUCUUGAAGCACAAAAGGGUUUUCAACAUUCUGUAAUCUGUUUUGUGCCCCUAAACUACUAACUGUAUGCUCUAAAACAAAACUUUUGUUUGUAAACUUGGGAAUUAUUCAAAAGAAAAGCUUUGGCUAACAUUCUUACUUAUCUGAUUAAAAUAUAUUGCACAGCGAGCAUCCCUGGGUAGCAAUCCAAAUUGCUAACUACCUUGGAUCCUAGACUUAUUUCAGAGGGUUAAAGUCUUAUUAUACAAAAUCCUUUCUAGGGGUUCUGUGUGAACUGAAUUGUUUUUUUCUGCGCAUUACAUGGAUGUUGAAUGUAAAAUUGCAUCACAUUGAAAUCUAGCUGCUUGGUUUGCCUAUUUUAAAAUGGAAAUUUGUAGGUUUGUUCCUCAAGGGGAAAAAAAACAAGACAACUCACCUGAUUAAAUUUGUAACCUGAUUGAUGCUUGGCUUAAUUAAGACAUGUUACAUCUAAAUCUUUCAUUUUAGUUGUAACUUUUGUGAUGUGCACUAAGUAUGCUUUUUGGGAUUGUUCUUAACCAUCACAUCUAACACAAACAAUGAAACAUUUGAAAAUUGUGGUGAAUGCAGUGUAGACAAUGGUGGAGGAUCAGGUGAGGUAUAGAGAGGAUAUCGUUCUGUUGGCUUGACCUAGGUUAUUAUACAUAUGCAACUGGCUCUGGUGUAUCUCUUUAUCUGUGCCUUAUUUGUAUAUUUGAGCCUGGCAUAGUUGACUGUGUCAUCCUGUGGUCUAAUAUCUUCCCUAACACCAAAGUGUAUCAUAUCAGAUAUCAAGCCAAUCUCGUGCUGUGAUGUCCUUUUAUAUAAAAGAGAUGAGGCACAGGAAGUGGAUUUUAACACUCUUAAAAUGGAGUCUUUGAGGUUUAGUUUUGUGUUUAAAAUUUGACAUGUACUAAUUAGUCUAGAAUAUUGCUUGAUUGUCAAAUAAGAACCUUUUUUUAUAACUGGAAUUUAUUUUACCUACUAACUUCAGUUCUAGUGUAUCUGUUCCUUCAAUUUUUAAAACUAUUAGUGACUCCCUCAAGCCAAUGCUGUUUUAAAGAGGAAGAUGGACAAUGUGCUGGCAUGCAGAAUUAGAGGUGGUUUCCAGCAGCUUCAGUAAAGCAAUUGGGAAUGACCCAACACUUUCAGGUACAUUACCAAGAAUUUUUGCAAAGUUGUUUGGGCACAGGGUGACUAUCAGAUCUCCAUUCAUCUAAUGGAAUCAAUCUGUUAAAUUUUCUGUUAUGAAUGUGGAUAUAAAAAUGUAAUGUUAAACAAUAGAAUCAUAUAGCAUGGAAAAAGGCCAUUCAGCCCAACUGGUCCACACCAACCAGUGGGCAUCCUUCUGUACUUGGUCCAUAGCCCUCCUAUGCUUAAGUGAUUCAAGUGUUCAUCCACUGUCAGUGACUCAACUUCAACCACUCCCUUGGGCAGUGCAUUCCAGAUCUCUCUCCACCCUUACACCAAACUCAUGUCCUCCAGUUUUAUCUACCUCUGAUAUGGGGGAAUAUUCCCUGCAAUCAACCCUGUCUACACCCCUCAAUUUUAUAUACCUCAAUUAUGUCCCCUCAACCUCCUGCUCCAGGGGUACAAAGACCUAGCUUCUCCAGUCUCUUCUACUAACUGAACUGGUGCAUCUCCUCUGCAUCCUCUCCAACAUUAUCACAUCCUUCCUAUACCUUGGUGACCAGAACUGCAUUCAGUACUCCAGCUGAGGACUGAUCAAUGUUUUGUAGUUAGAGCAUAACCACCUACUUUUGUAUUCAGUGCCCUGAUUAAUGAAGGCCAGUAUCAUGCAAGUCUUCCUAAUCUCUGUUUACCUAUGUUGCUUACAUGUGUUAAGGCUUUAUGGGACUUGUACUCUGAGGUCCCUCUGUUAUUCAAUACCCCCUAAGACAGACCUUGCCAUUCAUGGUGUAUGUCCUAGCCUCAUUAGUACUCCCAUACUAGUAGCUUGCAUGCUUAAUCAUUUGUUUCUUAAAUCAUUUCUAAAUACUCCAAAUGAGGUGUGUUUGGGCUGUUUGUUUCAUUGAAAAUUCAACAUAAUCAGGCACAAUUUUCUAUUUUGGCUCAUAAAUGACAAUGCUUGAAUUGAGUGUUUCAUAUUUUGAUUUUGGAAUACUUGUAUCUGCUAAACAAUGCAAUUCAUUAAUCAGAUCUUCCACUGUGGCCACUCAUUUAAACACCUUCAGUGUUAUCCUCUCAUUGGGACUUGGUCAGUGGUUGGGGUUUGAGCACCUGCUCACUUGAUUGUUGGCACUCUACUGCUUUAGUUUUACUGCAAAGUGAAUUUUUCAUUAUGGAGAUCAUAAUUGCUUGUACUGUGUGGCUUUUUUGAUGUUUGCUAAAAUAAAAUUGAACUGAUUUUAAAAA